UUGUUCGUCCUUCUACUGCACGUGAUCCUGCCACUAUGACCUCCACACGCCAUUCGGUUGACGUUGCAAAGGUCGAUGUCAAAGACAUGGAUACCACCAAACAUAUGGAAUUUGCGACGAGCCUGUCAUGGACGCCAGAUGAGGAACAAAAUUUAGUUCGCAAAAUCGACAUGUAUCUCUUACCAACCAUGUGGUUGAUGUACUUGCUAUCGUACAUGGACCGCACCAACAUCGGAAAUGCAAAGAUUGCAGGAAUGGCAGAUGAUUUGAAGCUUUCAAGCAACGAAUACUCUGUCGCAUUAGUUGUUUUCUUCGUUACGUAUGUGGUGUUCGAGGCUCCCUCCAAUAUGCUACUCAUACGCAUCAAACCCAGCAUAUAUCUACCAUCUCUCAUGAUAAUAUGGGGUGCUUUGACUUGCGUCAUGGCAGCCAUCAAAGAUUAUCACCAUCUAUUAGUCUUGCGCAUUUUCGUUGGUGUUUUCGAAGCUGGAUUUGCCCCGGGGAUGUUACUGCUCCUAUCGUCGUGGUACAAACGCGAAGAACAGAGUAAGCGGUUUUCAGUGUACAUAUCUGCCGCCAUUUUGUCAGGCGCAUUCGGUGGUUUACUGGCUGGGGCUAUUACUGGGGGACUAGAAGGUGCUCAUGGGAUUCGAGGCUGGCGAUGGCUGUUCAUCGUAGAGGGCGUGGCGACUAUUGGGAUUGCCGGACUUGCGAUGUUCUUUCUCCCAGAUUUCCCCGCAAAUAGCAAGAGGUUCACUGAGCGCGAAAGAGCCAUUGCUGUGGCGCGUCUCCAAGAGGGUGGUGUUUGCACUAGCGAGGAAGGAGAAGAAAGAAUGGGGAAAGGAAGAUCUUUCCUUCUUGCCAUUAGAGACUGGCGCACUAUUGGUUUUAUUCUCGGAUACAUGGUUAUUGUUGGUUCCUCCACCCUGUCCUACUUCUAUCCUACCCUCGUCAACGGACUCGGUUAUACUUCUACUGUUCAAGCACAGUAUAUGACUGUCCCUAUCUAUGCAGUUGCCUUUGUCUGCACUUUGAUCACAGGAUUCUUUGCAGAUAGAGUUCCUCAGCACCGGGGUCUUAUCAUUGCUGGUUGGCUCACUUUCAGCCUUAUCACGUCGAUCCUCGUAUGCGUCAUCUACAACUUCACAGCCCGCUACGUCCUCCUGGUGCUCAUGGCAGCCGGGCUUUGGGCGUCUAACGCGAUCUCAUUAUCGUUCACUGGUGCCACAUUUGGAGCAAUGCAACCCGAAGUCAGGGCUGUCGCUCUCGCACUGGUAAAUGCCUUGGGUAACCUGGCACAAAUUUACGGGGCCUAUCUAUUUCCAGCAGACGACAAACCAAAGUAUCUUCUGGGUUUCGGUGUCAUCAGUGGCAUGCUUGGUUUUGGUGUCGUUGUAUAUUGUGCCAUGCAUGUCUUAGUUAGAAGGAAGGACGGACUGAGGUGGAUCUAAGAAAUUAGGGUGUGGGGCCUACCGAUGCACGAAAGCGCCUUGAAAAUCAACCUUGAUUGUACGUUGACUAAUAAUUGCGACUAUAAAACGAUAUUGAUGCAUUAUAAAGACACCGGAAUGCGUCAUUGCAACGUAGCACAUAGAACCUAGAAUCUGACAACUGUGAGAGUUUGAUGUGGUAGUCAGUGACAUACCCAGUUGAAGUCAUACCUAGAUGCGUGAACCAUAUAUAUUUUAGUUUUUUGUACUGACCAAAAUCAGCUGUUCAUUUCCUUCUACCCACAUCAUGAUGGGUUGGAUGUGAUGGAGACUGACUUGGCCGAAACUUUUCAGUAAUAUUGGGUCACUAUUCGAUGAAGACAGUCUGUGAUCCAACAUUCUGUAACACACAACAAGGACUGCUACUUGAACCUUUCU